AUGUCAAAUACAACUGGGGCUGCGAUGCAGUCGCGGGAGGUUGCCCUUGCUCAGGUAGCGCGCGUCAUGGUCACCUCGGUCGUGACAGAGACUGUACGGCCGACUUGGGUAUUCACGGAAUCGGUUAUUAUCUAUGAGAAUCCGUCAACAGAGGAUGCUUCUCACCCGAAGACCGCGACAAGUGACGCUGAACCUACCGAAACGUCUCAGCUACAGACCAGCAUGCAGUCUCGACAAAUAGAUACUGCACUCCCAACUCCUGUUUCCACGAUUGUGCCGGCUCAGGGACCGGCCACUGUUCGUACCAUGGAAAAUACCGCUUCUCACACUGAAGCCUGGGCGGGCUUCCAGGGGCCUUUGACCAUUCAGACCACCUGGAACUCUGUGUCGACUUUAUCCAUCUCGUCGGAGGCUCCGAGUCCAUCUAGCCCGGGGUCAUCACUGUCGCCAACUUUGCUGACUAGCUCGCUUAGUGUACGAUCGAGUGUACUAUUGAGCACGUCACCGAGUACAUCGACAAGCACAACAGUCAGCAAGAUGUGGGCAAGCUCCUCUUCGGCUACAAAGCCGUCCUCUCCAUCUUACUAUCCAACACAAACGCCUUUGACCAGCCUAGGAUCUGAUAGCUCAGCAUCAACCUCAUCGUCUAGCACAUCUCGUCAUCACUCUUUGAGUACGGGCACGAUCGUUGGCAGUAUUAUUGGUGGAGCAGUCAUCGUGGCCCUUGGGAUCCUGGCAUGCAUUCUCUUUUCCCGUCGCAAAAGAGCACUAUCGCAUGGAAGACAAGCCAGCAGACAGAGACUGUUACGAACAAGCGGAUCCAUGAGCUCAAUCGAAGGACCCCACCGACGACGGUCCUCGCAACCUUCGCCAGUCGCUCCGUCUACAGGCAUGACCCCCGCGCCGAUCUUCCAUCAGCGCAGAUAUUCAAAUCCACUAGACAACCGCCCCAGCCCACCUUUCGGUCUUUCAUAUCCGAACUCGUCACACGACAGAGCAUAUCCCUACGGCGAGCCAUCGAAUAGCCCGCACGUCGACCCAUUCGCAGACCCGGAGGAUAACCCCAUGAGCCGGGCCCUCGAUCGCCGCCUCUCACCCAUCAUCGAAAUCUCCCCACCAAGCCGCACAGCGUCCAUUUACUCCCGAUCCUCAUGGGAAGCAGGUCCCAAAGUGGUCCAAAGCCGCGACUCUUGCCGAUCUUCUCCAUACAGUUGCACCGGAGCCACUCAGAGUACGCUCACCCUCGAGACACUUGGAAGUGGUUCCCGAUGCCUGGACAGGCCCAAAAGUGUUUCCCGACGAAGCGACCCAUUCGAUUUGGAGCCGCCUCCGAGUAUUCUCCAAAGGCCUCUUCAUGGGGCGCAUCAUGCCAACCGCUGGGGUGAAUGA